AUGGGAACUUUAGUUAAUAUUAAUCGAGCACAUGAACAAUGUAUCAAGAAUCCUAUCGAUCAGACUGAAUCACCAUCGAAGCACCUUGAAAAUGUACCUGCGAGUGAAAUUAUUAGUACGAUAGAACAAUAUGAGGGAGCCAAAGAUUUAUUGACUAAUUCGCCGGUGCAAAUACAAAAAAUAGGAAAAGCUAAAUUUAACACUAAUGUAUACAGUUUGAUUAGUACUUCUAUCGUUUACCCUGAUAAGUGGUGUCCUCCUCCAUCAUUCACUCGUUCACCUUAUCAUAUUCUUUCAAAUAAACAGAGUGAGCAUGAAAUAAAAGAUUGGUAUACAUCAAUAUUUGGUAAAUUCUUAUCACCACCGACGAAACAACGAUUAUGGCAGCUAGAACCAGCAGAAUGGUCUGCAUUUCUAGUACCUUAUGCAGCAUAUAACUAUGUUGAUUUAAUGGGAAAAUUUUUGUCUAUGUUUGCUUUAAUUGAUGAUCAAUUAGUUGAAAUAGAAGCUUUAGAACAAAAACGAAUAACAUUAGAACAUUUGUUUAUAUUUGCUGAAACAUGGAAACUAGCAUUUCAACGACAAAAUGGUCAGCAGAUGAAUAGCAAAAAUUUAGCAAGAAGAAUUCAUGAACUUGCAUUAAAAACGAAUAUUUCUGUAUUAGACCCAUGUUUUCAAGUUUGGUCUUCAAUUGCUGAUAAUUAUGUAAGAUUUGGUGCAGAUGAAACAUGGUGUAAUAGAAUGUCCAAUGCAAUCAAAGAAUGGAUUGAAUUAGGUAUUAGAGAAGUAAUAGGAAAACGACGUAUGAAACAAUCAUCGUCUUUGACAGAAUUACGAACACAAAUUCCUGUUACUCUCACUUCAUAUGAUCAUCCAUCUCUUCGUCAAGGAACAAAGGAAAAGACUGUGACUGUUGAUAUGAGUGGUAUGUCUCUCUUAGAAGUUCUCUUACGACAGAGAAUAGCUACUAUUGGAAUACCGAUGAUGUCACUCUUGUUAGAACAAUCAUGUGGUCUCAAUUUAUCAUCAAUCGAUCCAUUAUUACGCCCUGCUAUAAAUAUAGCAGCCAUCAUGCCUUCAUUAGUCAAUGAAUUAGUUGGAAUGGGAAGAGAUUUAAGAGGAGAACCAAAUUUUUCAUUAAUUUAUCGGCACAUGUUUAAUUGUUCAUUGCAACAAAGUAUUUAUUUUACCUUAACUUUACAUGAUUUAGCUAUGAAAACAUUUGACCAAAAUAUCCAAAAGAUAUUGCAAUCUUUGAAAUCUCCUUCUUUACAACAUCAUGUCUCAAUUUAUAUGCAAUAUCUACGACUACUAAUUCGUGGUUUUGCUCAAUGGCAUCAUUAUUCAGAUCGAUUCAAAAAUCUUAUUGCAUUAGAUGAAACACAUAAACAAAUAUUAAUAUUUUCGAUUGCUGAUGGUCUAAAUCAACGUUAUGAUGCUCUUCAGGAUGCAUUAUUACAAUAUCAAUCGCAUAAAGUAAUACAUGAAAGUCUUUACUAA